AUGGCCACACGCAAACCCAAUGCCCAGGGCUUGCGACGUUUCCCACAGCCCAUGUUAAAAGAUCACGGAUUGCCGGGUACACGCAAAGGUCCUAUUCAGACCAAAAAGGUGCGACCCAAAUUCCACGACAUGGCGGUGCAAGUGACUGGGUACGAUGAGAUACCAGAGGACAGGAGGAUGACACGAGAGCAGCACCUAGGUGAUGCUAGUGAUAGGGUGGUUAGGGCUGUUAGUGCUAAUACAGUGCACAGUGAAGAGGCGUAUAGGCGUAAGGAUGACGCAGAAGGCGAUGAUGCAUCACAACUGGGCGAACAGUUUGAUGAUAAGGAGAUCAUGGCGUCGGAAUGGGUGGAUGCUGCACCGCAGAAGGUCAAGCCUACUACACCAGUUAUUGGUGAUAUGAAGGUAUGUACUUGUGUUGGGUAG